UUUGUUUGUUUGUUGAUUUAAAUGUCCACGGGGGGUGGUUCUACUCUGUAGUGAGCAGGGUGGCAGUGUGGCACUUUGGAGCCCAGCUAUGCUUCUCCCAGUCUCAGUGGCUUCUGUAGGUGGACAGUGUAGUGUGACUGACACAAUGUGUCCCUUCCUGAUAGACACAGAGGUGGAUGAUGGCCCACUGGCCCUGUUGCUUUUCGUAGGUCACACGUCCUUCCCAUGUUCCCUUGUCUGAUGGGGCUCAAAUGUGACACCUCAAGUGUGCCUGCGCUGGGUUGUCUGCUUGGGAUGAUGGCUCACUUGCAGGGUGCAGGUGGACAACAGAGAGGGCUUUCCCAGUAUUUCUGUUUCUCUGUUGUCCUCCUUGUGGCCUUCUCCCUGGGAAUACAGGCAGAGAGGUGUGCCUGUAUUCCCAGGCAAUGAUCUGAGUUAGGUCAGCACAGAUGCGGGCUCCUGGAGUUGGGUGACUUUUCAUGUGAGAGGAAGAAGCCAGUCACCUUGUGGAGUAGGAGUCAGUGAUCCAGCUGAGGGCCGCCUGGUGGCCUACUCUGCAGAGGAGCCAACCUGCUGCCUGCCCUUGUUGGUGCUGUGGCACUGGGUGGAGCCUGCCCCUGAACUUCUGGACACACAGCUUUCUUAGUUGGCCUCUCUGAGCCCCUUCGGCUGCCUGUGUGCUAUAGCUUCAUUAUUUGGCCCCGAUUAUCUUGGGCCUCCCUAAGUGGAGGACCUUGCUGUUCUCUGGAUGUGUUAAAGAGGAGGGAGAGGAAAUCACCCUAUGGAGGCCUGCAUCUCUCUCAGCUUGAUCCAGAAGUGGUUUAGGCAUGGGCUCACAUGGAGCUGUCCCACGAGGAGUGCCGCCUCUGAUGAGUUUCAUGGAAACAGAAACACAUGACUAAGAGCAGUGACCCUGGAGGUUUCCCUUAGUGGAGAGCUUAGUACCAUCCUCCCUGAUGUUGGUGGGUGGCAGCAAGGAGAGGUUGGGUGAGGAUGGGCAGGAGGAAGGUUUGCCUUAGUACGGGCAGCCUGAGGUUUGCAGAGCCGGGUCUGCACGGCUGCAGCGGGAGACAGUGCGCCGCCCGCUUUCACCCAUGCCUCCAUCUGUAAUCGAGAAUCCAUCUGCUUUGCUGCAUGCCGUGCCCACUGCGUGUGUGCUGCCUUGGAAGCCUGGCCUGGAGCAUGCCAUUGCACACUGCAUGCUGGAACCCGCGGACUUUGCACGUGUGGUCCGCUAUCGGCGAGAACACCUCUCGGCUCGGCAGGCGCCCUGCUUCCCGUUGCUGGAGGACUUGAUGCGAGACGGCAGCGAUGGGGCUGCUCUCUUGGCGGUUGUCCACUACUACUGCCCAGAACAGAUGAAGCUGGACGACAUUUGUCUGAAGGAGGUGCCGUCGCUGGCCGACAGCCUGUACAACAUCCGGCUGCUGAGGGAGUUCUCCAACCAGCACCUGAGCAAGUGCUUCUACCUCACCCUGGAAGAUAUGCUCUACGCGCCCCUGGUGCUCAAGCCAAACCUCAUGGUCUUCAUUGCUGAGCUUUUCUGGUGGUUCGAGAAUGUCAAGCCAGACUUCGUCCAGCCCAGGGAUGUUCAGGAGCUGAAAGAUGCUAAAACGGCAUUACAGCAGAAAAGUAGCCGGCCUCCUGUCCCCAUCUCCAAUGCAACCAAGCGCAGCUUCCUGGGCAGCCCUGCUGCACUGAGCCCCGCUGACCUGCCGCCACCUACUCAGCCACCAGCCGAAGGCGGACAUAGGUACCACCUCCAUCCCGAAGAAGCUGAGUGUCUUGGGAAAGGAACUUCUGCCUUUAGCCCCUCCCAUCCUUUAUUGCCACUGAGGCAGAAGCAGCAGAAAGCAGUGCAGGCAGAGGACAGCCCUGACCAGCGACAUCGAUCUAACUCUUUAACCCGAGUCGAUGGCCAGCCACGAGGUACGGCAGUAGCGUGGCCAGAAAAAAAAGCCAGGCCAGUAUCCCAGCCAACACCCUUUGCUCUCCACCAUGCUGCGAGCUGUGACGUGGACCUUGGCUCUGGUGACAGCGUCAGCCUGGCACGCUCUAUCAGCAAGGACAGCUUGGCAUCCAGCAUUGUUCAUCUGACCCCACAGAACCAGCCCUGCCCCAUAGCUGGGAAGACCAAUGGGAGGAGCCUCCUGAGCAAUGUUAGUAUUGAGGAUGAGGAUGAGGAGCUGGUGGCCAUUAUCAGGACAGAUGUGUCUCCCCACUGUGUGGACCCGCAAGGCCCCAGGGCCUCGCCGCGGCCCCCAGGCCUGGUAGCAGGUGCCAGGUCUCCCCAAAGGCAGGUGGAUGCCCUAGAGAAUAAGCCUGACAGCUUUUUCUUGGAGCCCCUGCUGCCAGCAGUGCUGAGGCCGGCAAAAGAGAAGCAGACCACCACCAAGGAGGAUGAGCGAGGGGAAGGGAGACCUCGGAGCAUUGUGCCCAGGAGGCCCAGUGAGGGCCCUCAACCUGCUGCCCGGAAGAAGGCGACCGGCCGUCGUGACUUGAAUAGCACUUUCACCCCAAUUCCGUGCUCAGAGCUUGCUGCUAGCACUGACCCUGCAGAGCGGGGACUGCGGUCUGCAGAAGCUACAGAAGUGCAUGGGGGCCCUCUGGCCAUUGGCGGAUUGGAUCCGUUGUCUCAGGGACAGUCUGCCGAUGGCUUUUUCCUUCACCUAGGCAGGGCUGAUGGAGACACAGAGGGGAGGUUAUGUGUUGGCCCAAGAAGCCCUGGCACCCCUGAUGAGGAGCCCUGGGCUGUCCUGAGGCCAGAUUCUGACUCUGACGUGGGUGACCUAGAGGAAGUGGAACAGGAUUUCAUUGGCGAGGACCCUGCCGUGGUAAUUGCCAGGUAUGCCGGUGAAGAGGAGUCAGCCAAGUUGCAGGAGGACAUGAAGGUGAAGGAGCAUGAGGACAAAGAUGAUGCUAGUGGCCGCUCGAGCCCAUGUCUGAGCACUGCCUCUCAGCUCAGCAGCGUAUCCAUGGCCAGCGGAAGCGUGAAGAUGACCAGCUUUGCUGAGAGGAAGCUCCAGAGACUCAACAGCUGUGAAACCAAGUCCAGUACUAGCAGCUCCCAGAAGACCACACCGGACGCAUCGGAAAGCUGCCCAGCUCCUCUGACGACGUGGAGGCAGAAGAGAGAGCAGAGCCCAGGCAGGCACAGCCGGGACCCUGCCAGCCUCCUGGCGUCUGAACUGGUGCAGCUGCACAUGCAGCUGGAGGAGAAGCGCAGGGCCAUAGAGACCCAGAAGAAGAGGAUGGAGGCCCUGUCUGCGCGGCAGCGCCUGAAGCUGGGCAAGGCCGCCUUCCUGCACGUGGUAAAGAAGGGGAAGGCUGAUGGUGCCCCUCAGCCACUGAGGCCAGAGCAUUUUGCAAAGGAGUACGCUCAGCACAAUGGCGAGGACUUUGACAGUGGCAUUUCUAAGUCAGAAGCCUUCCUCGCCAAGGAAGAGCAGAGGGAAGAUCUCAGUGAGUCUCAGGACAUAGACAGAGAAAGCCUGGCUUUUGUCCAGCUUCAUAAGCCCAAAGACCUGACGGCUGUGCAUGACGGGGAGAAGGGCAGAGCGCUUUCUGCUGCUCUCCUGGAGGACAGCAUUGGCGAGGUGGGAGACCUGAGUGAAUGCGACCUUUCCAUCGAGAAGCUGAACGAGACCAUCAGCACACUGCAACAGGCCAUUCUGAAGAUCUCCCAGCAGCAGGAGCAGCUCCUCAUGAAGUCCCCCACGGUACCAACGCCAGGCCCUAAAAAUAACUCUCAGGACCAAAAAGUAAAGACCUCAAUCCACUUUGUUGAGCCGCUUUCUCCGACUGGGGUGUCUGGUCACCGCAAACCCCCCCGUCUGGGCCAGAGCCGGAGCUCCCGUUCAGGAAGACCAGCUGAGCUGAAGGUUCCAAAGGAUAGGCAGCAGGGCUCUUCUCGGAGCAAGACCCCAACACCCAGCGUGGAGACCCUCCCACAUCUGCGACCUUUCCCCUCUGGUGAUCACCCACGGACACCUCCCGACCUGGGUGUGGAUAGUGCUGCAGCCCCUGGUAGCAACCCUCCUGAGAAGUGUCUCUUGGACAGUUACAGGCUUCAUGAUGAAAGCAACCAGCGGACAUUAGCUCUGUCCUCCUGCAAAGAGGCAAAUGUUCUGUCAGAACAGAUGAACUUCACAGAAGCCGUGGACAUGAGCGGGAAAGAGGCAGGGCUGCGCUCCUCCGACCCCACAGGGAGCGACCACGUUCCUGGGGAAGAGCCACUGAGGAGCAAGGCCAGCCUCAUCGAGGUGGACCUGUCCCACCUACAGGCCCCCGAUGAGGACGGAGAGGGGGCUGGCCACACGGGCUCUGUGGACCUCCUCAGCGACAGUGACCAGAAGCCUGGGCUUGGCUUCUUCUUUAAGGACGAACAGAAAGCAGAAGAUGAACUUGCCAAGAAGCGGGCGGCCUUCCUCUUGAAACAGCAGCGCAAGGCCGAGGAGGCUCGCGUGCGGAAACAGCAGCUGGAGGCGGAGGUGGAGCUCAAGCGGGAUGAAGCCCGGCGUAAAGCUGAGGAGGACCGCAUCCGGAAGGAGGAGGAGAAGGCACGGCGAGAGCUCAUUAAGCAGGAGUACUUGCGGAGGAAGCAGCAGCAAAUCCUAGAGGAGCAAGGGCUCGGCAAACCCAGGUCAAAGCCAAAAAAGCCGCGCCCAAAAUCCGUGCACCGGGAAGAGUCUUGCAGUGACUCUGGGACCAAGUGCUCCUCCACCCCGGAUAACCUGAGCCAGACUCAUUCCGGCUCCAGCCUGUCCUUGGCCUCUGCAGCGACCACGGAGCCCGAGAGCAUUCACUCGGGGGGCACACCUUCGCAGCGAGUGGAGUCCUUGGAAGCCUUGCCCAUUCUGAGCCGCAACCCAAGCAGGAGCACAGACCGGGACUGGGAAACGGCGUCGGCAGCUUCCUCCCUGGCCUCAGUGGCCGAGUACACAGGUCCCAAGCUCUUCAAGGAGCCCAGUAGCAAGUCCAACAAGCCCAUCAUCCAUAACGCCAUUUCCCAUUGCUGUCUGGCCGGGAAGGUGAACGAGCCUCAUAAGAACUCCAUAUUGGAGGAGCUGGAGAAGUGUGACGCCAACCACUAUAUCAUUCUGUUCCGUGACGCCGGCUGCCAGUUCAGGGCACUGUACUGCUACUACCCCGACACCGAGGAGAUCUGCAAGCUCACCGGCACGGGGCCCAGGAGCAUCACCAAGAAGAUGAUCGACAAGCUAUACAAAUACAGCUCGGACCGCAAACAGUUCAACCUGAUCCCAGCCAAGACCAUGUCCGUCAGCGUGGACGCACUUACCAUCCAUAACCACUUGUGGCAGCCCAAGCGGCCCGCAGUGCCAAAGAAGAACCAGACUCUUAUUCCAGAACUCAAGUAAAGUGGAGUGGCUUUGGGUUCUUUCCACAUGGGUCCCAGUGGCGGCUGAUGCUUCUCCAGAGCAGACGUUCCUGGGGAGCAGGUGCAUCCCAGCCCCAGCCACGGCUUGUGCCACGCGGCAGAGACACCUGUGUGACGGACCAGCUGCCGGAAGAUCCUGGAGCCACUUACGUUAGUUUUGCACAUAUUUUCUUGGGAGUGUUACUUGAAUCUAUCUUGAACUGCAGAAAAAAAUUGACGAUAAUAGAAGACGUUAGAGACAGGUAUAACUGUCACACAGUGUUAGGUAGAAAGGUGAUGGAGCCGUGUGCGGAGAAAGGAGGGGACAUGGUACGGGACAAGAGAGGGAAGCCCAGGCCUCCUUCAGUUUCCUCAUCCUUUGAAGAAGAACAUGGCCUGCUCCGACUGUGUAAAUAUCGUGCCGGGCCCUGCGCUGCUGUUGAGUGACCGCAGCCCGUGCCGAGAUUAAAGUCUGGACGUCUGUCAA